CUCUCUCUCUCUCUCUCUCUCUCUCGCUCCCUCUGCACCCCUUGGUGGCGAAACCAUCCGCGCACCACCACCCCAGGCCACCAGCUACGCUCAGCGGCGAAUCGUCGUUUUCUGGUGGUACACGACGAGCCCUGGUACUGGUCGGGUGCGUAUAAAGUCAGUCAGGCUGGCCCAGUAUCGCGGCACGGUGAUACUCGGUGACACAUAUCCGCGCCAGGUCGACCGUGAUCGUAGACGUAUAUUUUACGUACGACCGUAUCGAAAACGGGAUCAAAAGUCGACAAAAAGUAUUUUUUUUCGUACGCGAGAGUGCUGGGAUGAAAUUAAUCUUGUGACUGGGUGGUAAACGUACCGAUCGCGACGUACGUAGAACAGCUACUAUACCGAGAUCUUAACGAGGAAUUAGUUUUCUUAGUUUUCUUAGUGUUAAAAGUUACGCGCGUCGUCGAGGGAACAAUAGCAGCCGUAGAAAUCGUAAAUCGAGAUUCCAGUCAGCGAACUGGUCUCGCUUUCGACUUUCGAACUCGGGUAGUUGUUUUGCACGCGUUCGUCAAAGUGCCGGACAAAUUGUCAGAGGUUCUGGGCGAUGUCCUGGAGUUAUGCGGCGGAGGCGGAAGUGGAGGUAGCGGUGCUACAACCGGAGACAAGAACAUGUCGAGCAACACGUCGAGCGGAAACGCGGCUACUAAGAUGGGUGCAGUGACAGGGGUAGCGAUAAUCAAGGGUAGAUGGGCCCAGAGGGGCACAAGAUCGCCUCUCUCUUCCAUCGCUAAUACCGAUAGCGCCGACAGUACAACUUCAACCAGUUCGGAGGAAUUUAACGUCGCGAAGGAACAACAUGCGGUACAACCAUCGGCAACUGAAUCGGGUUUGCCCCAUCAAAGUCGUAGCUACCCGGGCGGUGGCGGAAGUGGUGGUCGUACAUUGGCGAGAAACUCGUCUGUCAGUUCUCAAAGCUCGCUGGAGGGUGCAUCCUGCCCUUCGAGUCAUCGGGGAUCAUCGUCACCUCAAAUCAGAGCAUUCGGCCCGGACGGACGGCAUCAUCCUCGACAUGAUCCUUUACACACCGCCUCUUCGUAUCCACCUAGUAGAAGCUCGAGAUCUCCUUCACCAGCUCGUGCGGCGUCCUUGGAUGCACGUUGUGCAAGUCCUGCCACUUACACGGGCAGUCUGCAUAGUGGAAAUGCAUCGCCUUCACAGACCUCUUUGUCGUCCGUGGCAACGGGUGUAAGUUCCACUUGCGGGUGUUCGCCGAUGAAUGCCGUUCAAAGUACUUCCAGACAGACCAGUCGUUGCUUAUCGCCUCUCCUCAUCCCACCGCCACGUGCUUCCAUAAGCAGCGAUGGUGGACCCAUGCCACCUGCUUCUCCACUUGGUUCUUUACAACCAGAUCUUUAUCAAAGACGAGACGGUCCUGUCUUUCUUAGCGCUCGCAGGACAGGAAAACAUUUGGGCAGGCUUCAUCUGCGUUUGAGGUACGACUUUGAUAAAUCGGAUUUGGAUGUGCACUUGAUCGAGGCACACGAUCUCGCAGGCAGCGAUCAGGGCGGUUUCAACGAUCCCUAUGUAAAGUUGACUCUCAGUCCGGAAGUAGACAGCAGGAAGAGACAAACGCAGAUUCAUCGAAACGAUCCGAAUCCGUUUUUUGAUCAGCAUUUUAAAUUCCCCGUCAGCUACGAGGAGCUGCAGGAAAAGACUCUAGUUUUACAGGUAUUCGAUUACGACCGUUUCUCGAGGAACGACGUGGUAGGUUCGGUGAGAGUAGCCAUGGACAGCCUCGAAUUGGUCUCUUCUACCUCAUCGGUGGAAGUUUGGGGUGAGAUAGCGAGGGAACGUAAACCACCGGAAGAGAUCCAAGAGGUUUUGGUUUCAUUGUCUUAUUUACCGAGUGCCGAGAGACUGACGGUUCUCAUGAUGAAAGCCAGAAAUCUCUUUCCCCAACAGGAUAAAGAGACAUUGGAUCCGUUCGCGAAAGUUAGUCUUCUCUGUGGAGAAAGAAGAGUAAAGAAGAAGAAGAAAACAGCUGUUAGAAGAUCAACGACAAAUCCCGUCUGGAACGAAGCGAUGUCGUUUAAUAUACCUGCCUCGUCACUGGCGACGUCGGCUAUAGAGAUAUGCGUUCUGGACUCGAGUAGCGAACUGAUCGGCGGAAAUGCCAUUGUCGGAUCCUGCAUCAUCGGACCGGCCACAGGUACGGACAGCGGCAAUAGCCAAGGACGAGAGCACUGGCUUCAAAUGACGCAAUCACCGAGGAAGCAAAUCGCUGAGUGGCAUACGCUACAUUAGUAGUUUGAUCGCCAUUACAAUCUAGCCGUUUGGCCGAAUAAUUUGCGUCCUUGAUUAAAGGAAAUACAAUCGCCGUAAUAAAUAAUCAAAUGAUGACCAUAACCACACAUGAAAUGUAUAGCAAAAUGAUGUAUAUUUCCUCAUCGUCUCAACAAAAAACAAAAAAAAAAACAAAAAAAAAUAAAAUAAAAACGAAAAAAACGGUGAAGAAUAUUAAGAAGCAGCCGUUCUUCUGCACUUUUAUAGAUAUAUCGAUGAUAUAUUAUAUGCUGCGUUCGGCAUUGUAAAUCUGAAAUGCGAGCAAAACAAGAUUGAAUCAUGUGAUCUUUGAUCAAUCUGAGCAUCGAGAUUAAUUCUGAGAUAUAAAUUGCUGAACGCUUUUCGAGAUGAAAGAGCAAAUGCCUCAGAUUACCUACGAUUUGCAAAACUGAACGCAGCUUGUUGAAGAUGCAUAAUGUUUCGUUGCAUCUCGAAUACUGAUAUACGAAGAAAGAAAACUAAGAAAAACAAUCAUGAAUAUAAUACAUAUAUCCAUGCACUAAUCCAAGCACUAUUCACUUAUUUUGUUCGUUAUACAACAAUUUGCGCUAUACGCUAUGCGCGAUUCAAUUGUGCAUUUUUUAGUUUUGGAUACCUGAACGAUUUAGAAACGUAUUUUUAAAGUAACAUUUUAAUGCAUUAAAAACUCUCCGAAGUUAUAAUGAAGGAAACGUGAUUUUUCCAAACUGCGAAGCAAGAGCAGAGAGAGAUCUCGUGUUUCGCUUAACAGAUCAAUAAUUAAACGUACAAACUAAAUAUUUUAAGAUAAGACACAUCGCGAGAAGACAAUUACCAAGUCCGAGCUGAUCGAGUCCGUCGUCUUUGCUAAGAUCUAUUUUCUCAGGUUUAUUUUCUCAGGUCCUAUAUUUCUCUUAUUAUCUAAUUAUGCUUCUUCCUCUUUGAGAAAAAGAAAAUUACAUUUAUUGGAAAUCUAAAUCUGUCAUAAUGUGACAAAUGUGGCCUAGAAGAGUAUUUAAAGUGUGUCAUAUUAAUAGCUUACAGGCUAAUUGAAAGGCCUAACAAUAACUUCGCGAGUGAACAUGUUAAUCGCGAGUAUUGACUGUUGUUAUCAUUGUGUAUUUUGUCAAGAGUGUAAUUCAUAUGCUAACUAAAAUGAAACAUAAUGUGUGUAAAGAAAACAAAUGCAAACGUCUUUCGUUUAGUUAUCAAAUAAAUUAAAAUAGUAGGCAAUAAAACACUUGCUCGUCAUUCGCAUUGAUCUCUGUGUAAAUAUAUGUACAAACUUAAUUUCUUACCAAACUAUGGAAAAUUAAGUCUGAUUUUUACAUAAAUCAAAUAUUACAAAUGCAAAAUCAUAUCCGACCAAAAUUUAUAUCUUAUUGAUAAUUUAAGCUUUCAUUGCUUAUUAAUCCAUUUCUUCUAAUUUUAAAUGUCUAAAAUUAAUAAGCCUGUCAAACGGCUUAAUCGUAUAUAUGUACGUUGUAUAUCGUUGCAUUUAAGUGUCUGCGGUUUUGUCAGCCGAAUUGUAUCUGUAGUGAUUCAAUUAUUGGAAAAAA